CCAGACGGAGGGAAGGCUGAACUGUGGAGGGGAGCAGAGGGACACACACAGAGAGAGACAGCUCAUGUUUCCACCCGCAGCAGCACAGAUCCCCCCGCCCAUGUGAGCAGUGGUGCGGCCCGCUGCGUGCACAGAUCUGUUAUUGUGCAGCGCUGCAGAACACAGAGAGACAGACAGUGUGUGGGAGCCUCGCUCUUUUUCAGCGUCAUCCAGGAAACGACGGCAGCUGAGGACGAGUGCAAGCGAGCAGCUACAGCUGGACUGAGAAACAGGGAGGUUUCGGGCUGCGGUGCUGAGACCUUCCUCACGUCCGCCGCUCUCCGGAGCGUGUGUCCUCCAUCCUUUAUCUUCCUGUGAGGAAGAGGAGGAGGAAGAGCGCCCCCUCCACUCGCGGUCAGCAGAACGCUCAGGAAAGAGAGAGAGAGAGAGAGAGUGUGUUUUAUUCCUCCUUGGUUCAGCUCCGUUCUUCUCUCGGGAGCGAGCGGCUUGCCCAUGUCCGUCAACUCAGAAAAAUCCUCUUCCCCAGAAAGGCCCGACACACAGAAGGUUCCAUCUACUCCUCCUCCUCCCCCUCCUCCUCCCCCUCCUCCACCCCCUCCUCCUGAGCCUGUUGCUCCGCCGGAGCCAGAGGAGGAGAUUCUGGGCUCUGAUGACGAAGAGCAGGAGGAUCCGGCCGACUACUGCAAAGGAGGUUACCAUCCCGUGAAGAUCGGCGACCUGUUUAACGGCAGAUACCAUGUCAUCCGCAAGCUGGGCUGGGGUCACUUCUCCACCGUCUGGCUGUGCUGGGAUAUUCAAGCGAAGCGUUUUGUUGCGAUGAAGGUCGUAAAGAGUGCACAGCACUACACAGAGACGGCACUGGAUGAAAUUAAAUUACUCAGAUGUGUGCGUGAGACUGAUCCUGAUGAUCCUUAUAAGGACAUGGUUGUUCAACUCAUAGACGACUUCAAGAUCUCAGGGCUGAAUGGGAUUCACGUGUGCAUGGUGUUUGAAGUUCUUGGUCAUCAUUUGCUCAAGUGGAUCAUCAAGUCAAAUUAUCAGGGUUUGCCGUUACCCUGCGUCAAGAGCAUCAUUAGACAGGUUCUGCAGGGCCUUGAUUACCUUCACAGUAAGUGUAAGAUCAUCCACACGGACAUCAAACCGGAGAACAUCCUCAUGUGUGUGGAUGAGGCUUUUGUGCGCAGGAUGGCGGUCGAGGCCACCGAGUGGCAGAAAGCCGGAGCGCCGCCACCGUCUGGAUCUGCUAUCAGCACGGCUCCUCAACUCAAACAGGUGGGGAAGAUCUCCAAAAAUAAAAAGAAGAAGCUGAAAAAGAAGCAGAAGCGGCAGGCGGAGCUGCUGGAGAGACGCAUGCUGGAGAUCGAAGCUCUGGAGCGAGAGGCGGAGAAGCAGAGAGCCGGUGGAGCGUCGGACACCACACUCGGUCCCAGCCUGGCUCUGGCGGACAGCGAGGAAGAUGAAGAGGAUGAUGAGGAUGCAGAUGAGGAUGAGGAGGCUGAGGGAGAGAAGGAGCGGCCUGUCAGACUCACCAACCACACAUGUGCGGAGCCGGAUCAGGAUCAGCAGGAAAUAGUGGAGAACGAGGAAGGUUGUGACGUCCUUCCCGCUGCUGAGUGUCCCACUGAAGAAGAGUCACAUACGUGUGCACACUCUUCACCUGAGCGACAGGACACUCCUGAGAACGAGUGUGAGAACUCAAAAGAACAGGAAGAGCAGGAUGGAAAUGAAGAUGUGAGAGAGGAAGAGGAUGAUAAAGAGGAGGAAGAGGAGAAGGAAGCCACAUCCUCACAGAGCACAGAGGAAGAGCCGAAGACACAAGAGUGUCCGAACAAGGAAGAAACCGAUCCACCGAAAGUGACGAUAGAGAGACAAGAAGAUGAGGAGGAGGAGGAGGAGGAUGAAUACGAAGAUGAAGAAUGUGAAGAGGAGGAGGAGGCAGAUGAUGAAGGCCAGGAACAUUCCAGGAAGGACCACAAUGACGCCUCUAAAACGAAUGGCCACGUGAUCAUGUGUGUACAGGAGCAUCUGUCGCCCAGUGUGCCACUGUCCUCGCCUCUCCUCUGCCCUCUGGUGGAGUCGGAGAUCAGCACGACCGACCGCGAUGCUUCCGACGCCUCGUACGAGCUUUACAAUGGAGAAACCGGACUGACGAACGGAGCGCGACACCGUGGCACAGCGCCACGCUUCCCUGAGCUUCCUCUGGAUCCCGAUCCGGCCGACUGCGAGCACGACGAAGCCCAGGCACUCAGCGGCAACACUGACCGCAGCCGAACAGUGUCAUCGUCCAGCACUGGAGACACGCCGAAAGUGAGGGUCAGAGCAGCUGAUCUGCUGGUGAAUCCUCUGGAUCCGAGGAACGCAGAUGUUCUGAGAGUCAAAAUCGCUGAUCUGGGCAAUGCAUGCUGGGUGCACAAACACUUUACGGAGGACAUCCAGACGCGGCAGUACCGCUCCAUCGAGGUGCUGAUUGGAGCGGGGUACAGCACUCCCGCUGAUAUAUGGAGCACAGCCUGCAUGGCAUUUGAGUUGGCCACUGGUGAUUAUCUGUUUGAGCCGCACUCUGGUGAAGACUACUCUCGUGAUGAAGACCACAUCGCUCUGAUUAUGGAGUUACUGGGAAAUAUCCCCCGCAAGAUCAUCGCAGCUGGAAAAUACAGCCGUGAGUUCUUCUCAAAGAAAGGUGAGCUGAGGCACAUCACCAAACUCAAGCCCUGGUCUCUGUUUGACGUGCUGGUGGAGAAAUACGGCUGGUCAGCCGAGGACGCCGGUCACUUCACACACUUCCUGCUGCCCAUGCUGGAGAUGGUGCCGGAGAAACGGGCCUCGGCGUCAGAAUGCCUCAACCACCCCUGGCUCAACUCGUAGCACUUUCGUCCUCAGACUCAUCGACGCCCCCCUGUGGCCCCGCACUGAACUGCAGCCCACUGUCAUUAGAGAGGAAGAACCAGAGAGAGGAGGCUGUCGGGGGGCGAGGGUGGGCUUCGGCACGCACACACACACACACACACGCAAGAGAAACCAGAUGUCUUCAUCUUAUCUGAGAGACGAAGCUUCAUUCACUGUCUUCCUCAACAGAUCUGACACAUUUUACAGGCUGAAAACAGAACGUGAGAUCAUUUCACGAUACCUUCAGCCAAACUCUGUAAAACAAGCAUUUAUAAGCUCACACAGAGAUUAAUAUAUUAUGUGAGUAAUCAGUUUAUGAUAUACUGAUUCUGAAGCCCACCUAAGUCCCUGAAGCCCCGCCUCUUUUGUCCCACCAUCCAAUCAGGUUCUGCAACAGAGCUGUUUACAAACCUCAUCUCUCUCUCUCUCACACACACACACACACACACACACACUCACACACUGCCCUGGGAAAUAUGAAUCCAGAAGACAAAGAGACGAUUUGGUUUGUGGAGAGCAAACGGAUGGACGUUCGCGCCAAUGACUGUUCCCCGUCUGGUUGAAUGUUUUUAUUUAAAGCUUCGAUUCUUGAUUCCCACAACAACAUUCCUGAUUCUCCAGCGGUGCGACACGCUCUCUCCGGCAGGACGGCAUCUCGCUCCGGGGCUUUACGUCAGUGAGGCUGCACUUGUGUUCAUUCUUUUUGUUCAGGGAAAGUUACCGAUGUACAGAGAUCCAGCAGUCUGUCCAGAAACUGCUUGAGCGCAAGAUAAACACAGACUGCUGUUAGGAGACGUGCACAUGGAUGGUCAUCAUGUGUCUGUGUCCUCACGCUGCUCCAAAUACAUCAUCAUCAUCACACUUAGUCCAGUUGCCUAUUUUCGCAAUAAAAUUAGAUGGUGAAAUAUUUACAAAAAUAUUUAAAUUCAUUUAAAAAGAAAAGCAGUUCUCUGAUGUUGUGACAGUGACAGUUUAGUCGUAAUAAGGUGAUUGUGUUAGGUCUAUUUUCAGAUGUUUUAUUUGCUUUGUUUGGGUUUUAUUGGGUUGUCACUUCCUUCAUGGCAUUGACUAGUGCUGCUCUGUGAGGACUCAUGUGACAGUCAUGAAUUUUAUUGAACAUUUUUGCAAUAAUAGUGAUUAUGAUGGUGAAUUUUUGCACCGGAAGCUCCUGAUGUGUCUCACGCAGCCACGCUGACUGUUCUUCCCAACGUCGACAAUUGUGUCCUUGUUUUUCAUCAACAGAUUUAAUAAAAUUGUAAAUUAAUGGA